CACAACCCGCGCGCCUGCGCCGAGCGGCCCAGCCGUGAAACCCUCCGCGGUCCCGGCAUCCCUCGCGGUCCCGGCAUCCUCCGCGGGGCAAGAUGGCCGCGAGGGGACGGCCCCGGAGGUGACGGGGCGCUAGGCCUGUACGUCCCUCGGCCUUUCCCAAGGGCCGACGGGUCCGGAGAAGUGAGCUCACAGCCCAGUCCAGCAAAUGCGUGUGGGCUUUUCUUGCCGCGGCCAUGGGGACGGCCCAAUAAAGCCUUUGUCCUGAUGGGCGAUUCCAGCAUUUCGCUGUCCUGACCGGGAACGUCCCGAGGGCUGUGGUGUCCGCGCUCCGACGGAGGCGCGAGGCCAGUCCCUGCGUCCCGACAGGCGCGACACCAAGCACCCCAUGCCUAGGGGCGCGGGGAGGCGUGGCCUCCCCCAGGGCAGCCACCUGUGCUGGUUGCUGUGGGCUUUCACCUUAAAGCUGUGCCAGGCCGAGGCUCCGGUGCGGGCGGAGAAGCUGUCAGUGAGCACCGCAAAUUUGCCGUGCUGGCUGGUGGAAGAGUUCGUGGUGGCGGAGGAGUGUGCUCCGUGCUCUAAUUUCCAAGCUAAGACCACCCCUGAGUGUGGUUCCACAGGGUAUGUGGAGAAAAUCACCUGCAGCUCCUCUAAAAGGAAUGAAUUGAAAAGCUGCCGCUCAGCUCUGAUGGAACAACACUUAUUCUGGAAAUUUGAAGGGGCUGUCGUGGGUGUGGCCUUGGUCUUCGCUUGUCUGGUCAUUGUUCGUCAGCGACAGCUGGACAGAAAAGCUCUAGAAAAGGUUCGGAAGCAGAUCGAGUCCAUAUAGCGACCUUCCGCCCUUCGACAGGGGUCCUGGGGACCCUACCUCAGACAGACAGUGGGAUGGACGGACUCGUGCCCCUGGUUCGGGAACUUGUGGUGGCGCCCCCUUCUGCGUCUCCUGUCCAGAUCAUCAACCAGCAAGAGGAGUGGAAGGGCUCCCUUCCCUACUGUGAUCGCUUUGGGACAGGAAGGAAGGAAUGGCAGCAGACGUGGGAACAGGGUGGCAACUUUAUGCCUCAGUUUACCAGCUACCUAUCUUCCCCUUCUGCUUAUUUAAAAUUUUCAGGAUACAGUUUCAGCAAAAAAAGUUUAUUUCUCAGCCAAAACCUCGGUUUCCCCUCAACCUUAGCCCCAAAGAGGAAAUAAAGUUGUGGAUGUAUCAAGUA